CUUGUGCUGUAAACAAAUAUUUUUGGUUACAUUAUUGUUAUCUCAAUAAAUUUCAUAAUUUUUAUCUGCUACCGGUCAUUAUCAUAUUUUUUUGUAAUUUAGUAUAGUUGUAUGUUCAUAUUAUCAAACACACUGGAUGUGUGAUCUGUGAUUCUGUCAUCGUAAAAAAUAAUUGGUUAUAAUUUGUUUCUGCGAUGAAUUCCUUGAAUAAUUAUUCUAAUAAAAAGGACCCAACAGUGUUCAGUAAUAUAUUGGGAAUAUUUUUGAACAUAUUUUUUCCAAUCAAAAUGCUGUUAAGGCUAUAUUCACUGUGCAUUUUAAUGGUGGAUAUUGGAUGGGUAUUGCUGAACGCAAUCUGUGCAGUUUUACAAGCUGUUUACGAACUAUUUAGACCACCACCAUUAAAAUCGGUCCGGUUAGAAACUGCCUUGGUUAUUGGUGCUGGACGAGGGGUAGGCCGCGAACUGUCCAUACAACUUGCUAGUUUGGGAGCAAUAGUUGUGUGUGUAGACAAAAACAUUUCUUCCAAUGAGGCCACCGUAGAACAUAUAAAAAAGAAAGGUGGUACUGCCAUCAGCUACAAAUGUGAUAUCACCAAGAGACAAAAUGUCCACACUUUAGCCACUCAGCUGAAGAAGGAUCUAGGGUUUGUCAGUAUGUUGUUCUAUUGUUGUGGGAUACCAAGUCCAAGGUCUUUGAUGACUCAGCCACCACAGGAUAUCCAUGAGACACUAGAUUUGACACUCACUUCAUAUUUUUGGCUCAUUGAUCAUUUCUUGCCUGAUAUGAAAGCUAAGAAUCAUGGGCAUAUUGUUGCUCUAACAUCUGUAGCUGGACUAAGUUACAUCAAAGAUCAGAUGCCACUGAGUGUUGCCCAGUUUGCAGUUCAAGGACUUGCAGAAUCUCUUACAGAAGACCUAAGAGUAAACAAAAUAGAUGGAGUACAUGUGACACUUACACAUAUUUAUCCAUUUAUUGUCAGUGACGAAAGUGCUGAUAUAAGGCUAAGAAUACCAAGUUAUUUUGGAACAAUAACUCCAAACAAGGCAGCAACGUCAAUUCUCGACAGUGUGCGUCGGAACUACUUUGAAGCGUCAGUGCCAAAUCAUCUUUUAUACCUCGGUCACCUUUUGCGGAUAUUGCCACGAAAGGCAACAGUGCUUAUCAGGGAUCUACUCGAUACUGGAGUGGACUUUGCAUGACGAAUUUCGUAACUUAUUUUAUCUUUUUAUUAUACUUACGUCAUAAUCAAUGAUAAUGCAUUGAUUGUAUUAUGUUUUAGAAUAAGGAUAGUAGAGCACAAAAAAUCGUAUUUAUUUGUUAUAUUUUUUGAUUAUAUUUCAUGAUGCAUUUGUUCAGUUUAUAAAUAACAUUUCUGGUAGACUAGGUAGUAGAUACGACGAUUUUAGAUUCCUA